UGAAAGGACGCUCGUAAAAAGAAGUCACACAUCUUUUAAACAAUUCUACUUCGUGUGUAAAAUCCGAAUGAAUAGCACCUGGAUCGCAAGUUUAAAGCCUUGUAAUGUGUGGCAUGCCCAUAAAAAUGAGAGUUGCAAGUUGCCCCGUGGUGCCAUGAGUUGUCAGAGUGUAGGAGCUGUGAGGCAUCAUGACCUCGAGCAAAAACAAGAGCCAGACAUCUCUGGUGCUCCACAAGGUGAUCAUGGUGGGCAGCGGCGGCGUGGGAAAAUCCGCCCUCACGCUGCAGUUCAUGUACGAUGAGUUUGUGGAAGAUUAUGAGCCCACCAAAGCCGACAGCUACCGGAAGAAGGUGGUCCUUGACGGAGAGGACGUUCAGAUCGACAUUCUGGACACGGCAGGGCAGGAGGACUACGCCGCCAUCAGAGACAACUACUUCCGCAGUGGAGAAGGCUUUCUGCUUGUCUUUUCUAUCACAGAAUAUGAGUCUUUUGUGGCCACAUCAGAGUUCAGGGAGCAGAUUUUGCGUGUGAAAGAAGAGGAUGCCAUUCCUAUGCUGUUGGUAGGGAACAAGGCGGACCUGGAGGAUCGGCGGAAAGUUUCUGUAGAUGAGGCGGUGGCAAAAGUCAACGAGUGGGGCAUUCAGUAUGUGGAGACGUCAGCCAAGACCAGAGCCAAUGUGGAUAAGGUGUUCUUUGACCUUAUGCGUGAGGUGCGCAAGAAGAAAAUGGCUGAGAGCAAAGACAAAAAUGGGCCAAGUGGAAAGAAGAAGAAAAAGCGCUGCUGCAUACUUUAACAUGUGAAAGAACACAAAUGCUGCACAUGCCUGACAAUCGCCAAGCCAGCUCCUCCUAAUCAGGACCAACACUUGAGCCCAAAAUCAUGUGACAGGAAGUAGCUGGAGUGCCUGUUCCUCAUCAGUGUGGUUGUCUGAAAAUCACCAGUGUCAACUUACCUGUGUGGACUUUUGCUUGCUUCUAUUCACAAUUUCAGAUCACACUUUUUGAGCAUGAACAACAUCCACAUUCUCUCCACGCUUUUGUGUUUACCCCCUAAACAUUAUAAAGAUUGCGAAUGAACUCCUCUAUAUGUUCACUACAGACGUUAUUACAUGACAAAUGUUGUUUGAUAAUAAAAUAACCUUCCUUGAUUGUUGUA